AGCAAAGCAUACUUCGUUUAGCCGUAGGACCAAAUCAUCUUCUUCUUCAAGAAACAGAGUCUUGUCCACACAACGCCUUUGCUCUUUCAAUCCGCCAUGUCCCUCUUCUUUCGUUCCUUACCCACCAUAGCCAUUCGCUCUAAACCUUCUCCUCUCACCUCUCUACCUUUUUUCUUCAUUAAUUUCCAUACCCCCACUACCCACAACCCCACUUCACUUAUCAACCGCACUCUUUCUUCUACUUCUGUCUCCGCUUCUCCCACUACUCCUGAAACAGUUGUCGUCCCUAACACCAAAAUUUCUCCAUCUCCGAAUGCCCUUCAAUGGGUAACUAGGAACCAAUACUGCGGUGAAUUGUCUGAAGAAGAUGUGGGUAAACGGGUUCGACUUUGUGGGUGGGUCGCCCUUCAUCGGAUUCAUGGGGGUCUCACUUUCGUCAACCUUAGAGACCAAACUGGAAUUGUUCAGAUUACUACACUUCCUGAUGAUUUUCCUGAUGCUCAUUCUACUGUGAGAGAUCUGAGACUCGAAUAUGUGGUUGCCAUUGAAGGUGUUGUUCGGUCUAGGCCAGCUGAGUCUGUCAACAAAAAGAUGAAAACUGGCACGAUAGAGGUUGCUGCAGAGGAUGUCCAGGUGUUGAAUGCAGUAAGAUUGAAGUUGCCCUUCUUGGUAACAACUGCAGAUGAUGCAAAGGAUUCAUCUAAAGAAGAAAUCAGAUUGCGAUAUCGAUGCCUUGAUUUACGUCGUCCGCAGAUGAGCUCAAAUAUAAUCUUGCGACAUAGAGUAGUGAAACUUCUUCGACGAUACCUAGAAGAUGUGCAUGAUUUUGUUGAGAUUGAGACACCAAUACUAUCUAGAUCUACUCCUGAAGGUGCUCGUGAUUAUUUGGUUCCUUCAAGAGUCCAGCCAGGAACAUUUUAUGCACUACCCCAGAGUCCACAGCUGUUCAAGCAAAUGCUGAUGGUCUCCGGUUUUGAUAAAUAUUAUCAAAUAGCAAGGUGCUUUAGGGAUGAAGAUUUGAGAGCCGACAGACAACCCGAGUUUACACAGCUAGAUAUGGAAAUGGCUUUCACUUCUAUGGAGGACAUGCUGAAGCUCAAUGAGGAUUUGAUUAGAAAGGUCUUUCAGGAAAUUCAAGGUGUCCAACUGCCAAACCCUUUUCCAAGGCUUACAUAUACUGAAGCAAUGAGUCGAUAUGGUUCAGACAGACCAGAUACUCGUUUUGAUGUUGAAUUGCAAGAUGUGUCCGACAUUUUCUCCAAUACCACAUUCAAGGUUUUCUCAGAUGCCUUAGCAAGUGGAGGAAUUAUUAAGGCCUUAUGUGUGCCUUGUGGGACAAAAACUUACUCAAAUACUGCUUUGAAGAAAGGCGACAUUUACAAAGAAGCAAUCAAAUCUGGAGCAAAGGGUUUACCUUUUUUAAAGGUCUUGAAUGACGGGAGCAUUGAAGGGAUUCCAGCGCUGGUUUCUAGUUUGGAUACAACAAAGAAAGAGGAAUUGCUGAAUCAGUUCUCUGCAGUACCAGAUGAUCUUAUCUUGUUUGCUGUUGGGCACCAUGCAGAAGUCAAUAAAUCAUUGGAUCGUCUGAGAAUAUAUGUAGCACAUGAACUGGGUUUAAUUGACAAUUCCAGGCAUUCAAUACUUUGGGUGACUGACUUUCCAAUGUUUGAGUGGAACGACUCCGAACAGAGACUUGAGGCUUUGCAUCAUCCUUUCACUGCACCUAAUCCAGAAGAUAUGAAUAACCUCUCUUCUGCCCGUGCCUUAGCUUAUGACAUGGUUUACAAUGGUGUUGAGAUUGGUGGAGGAAGCUUGAGAAUUUACAAGCGGGAAGUCCAAGAGAAGGUUCUUGAUAUUGUUGGCAUUUCCCGAGAGCAGGCUGAAGCAAAAUUUGGCUAUCUUUUGGAGGCUCUGGAUAUGGGUGCUCCUCCACACGGAGGAAUUGCUUAUGGAUUGGAUAGAUUGGUGAUGCUCUUGGCAGGAUCUCAGUCCAUUAGGGAUGUUAUAGCUUUUCCGAAGACAACAACUGCUCAAUGUGCCCUUACUCAUUCACCAUCAGAGGUUGAUCCACAACAGCUUAAAGAUCUUUCGUUGCAGAAGAUAUAGUUUCUUGAUUUAUUUUGGGAAGUAUUAUGUACUGGAGAAGUUGAGAAAAGCACAAAGGGUAACGGUAGAUUAUCAUCGUGGGAUUGUUUUCCAAGGACAUUGUUAUCUUGAAAUAUUGAUAUUGUAUCACCAAUAUAAUUAGGUUCCAGUUUUGCCUUGCUGAGAGUGAAGAGGGAUAUUUUUAACUUGUGAAAUUAUGAAUGCUUGUAGUUUAUGGACAUACUGAUGAGGGAAAGGAUUCGACUUUCAU